UUAGACUGUCAUAUUUAUAUGUAGAAAAUUAAAAUUUAAAGCAAACACUUUUUAAUCGUUGCUUACAAUGAGCGUUCAUUUAAGUAGCUCACCAAGGUUGCCUCAUGUGGCUGCAAGCUUGGUGCCAAGAAAAGACAGAAUGCCACAAGUGACAAGUCGAAGAGCUGCUUUGAGUAGCACUGAUGCGGGCAAGCGCAAUGGCCUUGAUCCUGACAGCGAGGACAGCGAUGAGAUGAGCAAGAGCAGCAAGUCGAAGCUGCUGUUGGUAACAAACUCUAGCGUGUUUUUCAAAGAUAGGCAGGCUAAAUUUCGAGCAGAGCGCCGCAAGUUCCGCAAUACAAUGGGAAAGGACAAUUGUGUUUUGCAUUGUUCACAGCCAACGAAAUCUGUUUCAUGUGCAGGCAGCAGCGGAAUUCUCUCGCCGGGCUGCGCUUGGCUCCAAGGCAAUGGGCUGCGAACUUGUCGACCUGGAAACGGGCGUGCUGUGCUGUAAAUGCCGCCCGGAAUAUAUGUUCAAGUUGUAUACACAAGCUGCUACUGUCCCUUUUAAACGAUAGAAAUGAAUUUCUCCAAGCACUGCAGGCGGCUGUGUUUAUAUUGUGCGAAUCUCUAUGACAAUGUAAAGCCAACAGAUUUAUGUGUGGGCGCGCUGAAUAAAGGGGCAGCUUGUUGGCUGCGCUUG